AUGAAAGCUGAUGGGAAGCAGUGUUGCCUUUUCGGCGUAUGUCAUUCCAAAGGUGUUCAAAGCGGAGGAUGGUUAUUGCCGGUUUUCCUGGUGGGGAUCUGCUCAGCUGCCCGUUUGGACAACACCUAUUUACCACCAGGUGCGAAAGGGGCUGGGGGUGGUCCCGGUCUAUCGACUCCGUUUGGUCCCGGAACCGGUGGUGCUGGACCCGGAGGCGGUGGUGCUAGACCCGGAGGCAGUGGUUAUAGACCCGGAGGUGGUGGUGGCUCCGGAGGAGGAGGAGGAGGCGAGCCCAUUCCUAUAAUAUCCUAUGAAAAUGUCAAUAAUGGAGACGGAAGCUACAAAUGGAGUUACGAGACUGGCAAUGGAAUCAAAGCUCAAGAAGAGGGAGAAUUGAAACCAGGAGGCGAAGAAGGUAUCCAAUCAGCUGUAGGAUCUUAUUCAUACACUGCCCCUGACGGGACGGAAAUAAAAUUAGAAUACACCGCAGAUGAGAACGGCUUCGUCCCCGUGGGUGAUCAUCUCCCUACACCACCUCCAAUACCACCAGAAAUCCAGAAAGCUUUGGACCAAAUUGCCGCCGAAGAAGCUGCAGGGGGUGGUAACGGAAAUGGAAACGGCGGUGGAAAUGGAGGUGGUGGUAAUGGGGGCGGAAAUGGAUAUCGUUAUUAA